GUUAUGCAGUGCAUCGACAGUUUGGGAUUUCGUUUGAUCUAGGUCGCACAGGUAAACCGGUUGAGCUGUGACGUCACAACCGAUUGUCAACACACUCUGGUGCUCUCUGGUGCGCUUGUCGUUUACAAACAUGUCACUCAAGAAAGAAAAGAGAGAUGAGCUGCAGGAAGCAUUCAUCAUGAACCAGGGGUCCGAUCAGAGGCUACCUCUCAGGAUGCUUGGAGUUGUAGUCCGCUCCAUCGGGUGUAGUCCAUGUGAGGCAGACCUCAACAAGAUCGAGAAGGACCUUUCAGGAAGAGGCGUGACGUCACUGGACUACAACCAGGUUGAACAAAUUGUCUCCACCAACAGCUGGGUGCCAGAAUCUCUGGAGACGCUCAAGGAAGCGUUUGCGACGUUUGACCGUGAGGGAAACGGUUUUAUUCCAGCGCAGGACUUGCGGUAUGUGCUCACUCACAUGGGCGAGAAGCUUCGUGAUGAGGACGUCGAUGAGAUGAUCAGGGAGGUCGACCUCACUGGGGAUGGACAAGUCAACUUUGAAGGUCUCUCCAAGUCCUUGUUAUCAUACAUCUGAUUGGCUGCUGUUGGCUGUGUAUAAAACAUAUCAUGUGAGAGAGAUGGUUAGCCAGAUAGUGAACAUUCUCAGCUGGAGCUCUGUUCAAAGGGAGAUAACUCACACCACCACUCAUACCACCACCUGAUGUCCACUGACACAAGAGACAUCAAGUUAUAUCUUCAUAUCCUCACACUGACUUACAGAUAUUUUAAUUACACAUUUCCAAUAUGUAUUCCUUAGUACUGGAAACAUUCCGUCUGAAUUGAAAUAUAUAUGUUAAAUGGCAGUUUGAAAUCAUUACGGAACCAACUUUGUAAAUGAUGAAUAUUUAUUGACAGCUUUGGUGUUCAAUCCCUUCAAACAUUGUCAUUAUAUGUUUGUUUUUUUAGAUUUGUCUUUUCACUAAAUAUUGUUUACAAACUGUUAUUCAUUGACUUUGUUUAUCAUCAGGAACAUUUGUUGAAUAUCUUGGUACAUAUUUCGAUACUAAACAUAUCUCCACAUUAAAUUUAAACCACUUCGCUGUGCAUUUUGAUCAACUGAAUGCAUCUUAAAAGUAUAUCUAUGUCAGUUUUGUAAGAACUUGUAUCUUUACAAUAUAAAUAUAUUUGGAAAAUGCUUGGCACAUUAUUGAAUAUUAUCUUGAUUACCUUUAGGAGAUAGUUCUUAAGUUGUGGCUUGUUAAAAUAUGUUAAUAUGCAACAGUUGACUUUUGAGUUCUCAGUCUUUUGGGUAUUAUGUUUGAUGUAGAUAAAUGGUGAAUAAAUGCAUAUCGUUACUAA